UAAAAGCGACGUGCGCUUUGCUGGCUACCUCAAGUGGGAAUGCCAAACCUUAGUUCAGAGUUGGCUCACGGUUUGUGAGAGAGACCGGUGAUUGCAAAUGUGCAAAUUAGUUUUCAUAAUGCAGAAUUUCAAAUGAAGUGGAAUAUGGAAAUAUUGUUGUCUACGGAGCAAGGGGAGUUUUUUUCACAAGUUAAACUUUCUCUCGGGUCACGGAAACCGACCCUUAAAGAAUGCGUGAGUCAUGAAUUAAAAUAGACCUAAGACUUCAUUCUAAAAGUGAUCCAUUGGAAGACAAUACCAGAGAAACAAGACAUUGGUACCAGCUGACAACACGGUGCUACACGAAACAAGACAAACAACCUACCAUCAUGAACAAAAGUCUGCCAUAGAGGAAAGCUGUAAAUUCCCAUAUCAAGUGACUUUCAUGAAUUCAAAAUUCACCCACAAGUGAGAAGAGGGUGUUGGAGUUGAAGUCUCUAUAUUUCUGGAGUGGGGCUUCGAAAAUGGGAGGUGGUUUAAUGAGAUGAAUGAUGUCUUCCAAGCGAGCUACACCUCCAUUUCCCCAGGUGACAGAGGAUGAGGAAGCAAUGAGGCAGGAUAGUGCAGGCUGGGCCAAUGACGACAGAGACGGAAUGGCCUCAACCACGUCUCCUCUGCAUGGCAAACUUCACCAAGAGAAUCACCAGCCAAUCAGAGACAGCCAACCUGUGUCUGAUUGGGACAGUAUAGGUCCUACUUCCACGGAAAAUGAGAGUAGUAAGGGCUGCUCCCUGUACUACUCGAAUAACUCAACUUCUCCGCCCAAGCCUGAGGAGUGUUCCCGGGAGCGCGGUGAGCCGCUGGGCGGGCUUGCUUUUGGAACGCCAGAACGCCGCAAGGGAAGCUUGGCAGACGUAGUGGACACACUGAAACAGAAGAAACUGGUGGAGCUGACCAAAACGGAGCAGGACGAGUCCCCCUGUGUGGAAAGACUUCUGUCAAAGGACUGGAAGGAGAGGAUGGACAAACUCAAUACCAACAAGCUCCUGGGAGAGGUCAAAGGUACCCCAGAGAGCCUGGAGGAGAAGGAGAGACAACUGUCCACAAUGAUAGGUCAGCUGAUCAGUCUGAGAGAGCAGCUCCUGGCUGCCCACGAUGAGCAGAAGAAGAUGGCCGCCUCUCAGAUGGAGAAGCAGAGGCAGCAGAUGGAGCUGGCCCGCCAGCAGCAGGAGCAGAUCGCCAGGCAGCAGCAGCAGCUCCUGCAGCAGCAGCAUAAGAUCAACAUUCUUCAACAGCAGAUACAGGUACAGGGUCACAUGCCUCCACUCAUGAUCCCAGUCUUUCCUCACGACCAGCGGUCUCUAGCAGCUGCCGCAGCAGCACAACAGGGCUUCCUCUUUCCGCAAGGAAUGUCCUACAAGCCAGGUGACAACUACCCCAUGCAGUUCAUUCCAUCCACAAUGGCAGCGGCCGCUGCAUCAGGACUCAGCCCAUUGCAACUACAGCAGUUGUACGCUGCCCAGCUGGCCAGCAUGCAGCUCUCUCCCGGAGCCAAGAUGGCCACCGUCCCUCAGCCACCAAACUCUUCCGGGCCACUCUCACCCUCAACCCUGAAAGUGGAGAAGAGAGCGUCAAGUCCCCUCAUCCACAUUAAGGAGGAAGGAUCAACGCAGCCCCUGAACCUGUCAGCUCGGCCUAAGACUUCUGAAGUCCUCCGUUCCUCUACCUCGCCCCCACACAGCCUGUUCUCCAAGACCAGCCCUCUAGGCCUGGGGAAGGGACGUGUCCCCAGCCCCAUCUCCAGCAUGGGGAGAAACUCCUCACUAGACAUUCUGUCCAGUCUGAACUCCACAGCAUUGUUUGGGGACCAGGACGCUGUGAUGAAGGCCAUUCAGGAGGCCAGGAAAAUGAGGGAGCAGAUCCAGAGGGAGCAGCUUCACCAUCACCAGCAAGGCUUGGAAGCCAAGCUGUCUGCACUGAGCGGCAUGACUCUUAAUAACGGCAGCAAGGAGCGCUUGCACUUUGAAAGUUUGGGUCAGCACUUGGGGAAGCUGGGGGAAGAGGCCAAGAUGGGUCAUCGGGUCAUAGACCUGACCAGACCAGAAGAUCUUGAUGGGAGCGGUACUACCACAGAGGCACGAGUCUUCAGGGAGGCCAGGGGCCGGAACAGCAAUGAGCCCCACAUCAAGAGGCCAAUGAACGCCUUCAUGGUGUGGGCAAAAGAUGAAAGGAGGAAGAUCUUGCAGACCUUCCCCGAUAUGCACAACUCCAACAUCAGCAAGAUCCUUGGCUCUCGCUGGAAGUCCAUGACCAACCAGGAGAAGCAGCCAUAUUAUGAGGAGCAGGCUCGUCUGAGCAAGAUCCACCUGGAGAAAUAUCCAAACUACAAGUACAAGCCCCGGCCCAAAAGAACCUGCAUCAUUGAUGGGAAGAAGCUGCGCAUUGGCGAGUACAAGCAGAUGAUGCGCUCGCGACGACAGGAGAUGAGGCAGUUCUUCAGUGUGGGGCCUCAGCCACAGCUUCCCAUCAGCAACAGCACAGCUGGUGUCUACCCAGGUGCCAUCGCGAUGCCAUCGGCCGCGCCCUCUCCACACUUGACAUCAGAGUGCUCCAGUGCGUCGGCCAGCCCCGAGCCCACCAUCCCUGUCAUCCAGAGCACCUUUGGUAUCAAGCCAGAAGCGGGCACCUUAAUGCCCAGUGAGCCAAUCAACGGAGAGGACGAGAUGGACAUGUAUGAGGACUUUGACGAGGAGCCCAAAUCAGACUACAGCAGUGAUCAUGAGACGAGGGAAACUGUCAGUGCCAACUGAGGUGCUCCGUAGAAACACCUGUUCUUUUUUCUUUUUUCUUUUUGGAAACAACACGACAAAGACCGAGACAACAUCCUUUUCAGGGUCUGAGCGUGCUCCCGGGUGUGGAAGCAUGGAUGUGUGAAGCGAACACGCUCAGAUUUCUCAGUGGGAUGAAAUGAAACUGAGCAUGCUUAGACUGCUGUACCUGUACAGUAUCUGAUCAGACUGAUCACACUAAGACACCGUUUCAGAGGAGAACGCUAAGCAUUCUAAGCAUGCUCAGAUGCCUCCAAACAAACUUACACAGAGCACGCUCAAGCGUCCUCCUGAUAUCUGACUGACAGGAAGCAUGCUCCUCAACUUGACAAUCAAACUAAAAAUAAAGCAAGUGAUGAUAGAGAAGAGGAAGAAGAGAUUAGUAAUGUGUAUGAAAACAACAUUUUAGUGGGUUGUUUUUAAGGAGUAUGCAUGGAUUUGAGGCAUCGGAAAUUGGUCUUUGACAGCUAUUGGUCUUAAAUGUUUAUUUUAAGUGUGAUGAAGUUUUUAUUAUCGAGUAUUUCCUUUUUGGGAUUUUUUUAUUUUUAUUUGAGGAGACAUUUUUCUGACAGGUUUCACUACUUGUAAAACCUUGGAAUGUCAGAACUUGAAAUGUUAAAGUUAAUAUAAAAGUUAGUAUUUGUAGUCUUACCUAUGUUUUCCUAAGUACAGUACGCCUACACGUUUCUUGACAAAAUGCUUACAAUAUGUUACAUUACUGUUAAUGAUGGGGUGUAUAGUCCCGGCUCAGGUAUGUUGUGCCAGCUUGUGAAUGUGUUUUUUGAUUUCAUAUGAGCGAGUGGUAGAAUUUUUUUUUCAGACUGACAUCAAAACAAGGGGCAAGAAAAUCCUUGUAUAUUAUUGUUAAUAUUAUUGUUAUUGUACAGUUUUUAUUCAAAUGUGCCAAAACUACAUUUGCAUCCAUCUAACAUAUUGUAGUCUUAAUUUUUUUAAAUGCUGCAAAAAGUCUUACACAAUCAGUUAGUUCUGUCUGAUGAAUACUUUUUUUUUUUUUUUUAUUGCUGGCUGCCCCAACCAUAUAGUAGGUAGAGCUCAGGGAGGACAUGAGCAGUUCUUUGCUGCUUGCUCAGUCAGUGUUUUGUAGUCUGAUCCAAUUAUCUCUGACGCCCCCUCUGGUGAUGUCAUACCUUUAGAAAGCCUCAUCUACUCCUUUUUGAUUCUGUGUCCAAAUUUUCAAGUCUGCUGUAUUACGUAGUGUUAACUUCAGCACUUCCCUUCCUUGGUUUGAAUGAAACUGGCAGGUGGAUUCAUGUUGAAAAUGCCUAAGAUAAGAACAGUAUAAAAAUGUAUACUUUUGUGAAAAAGUGUGGAAACAUAGGAUGCAGGGAGAGCCUGGUCUUUACCGCCUGUUAAUGUUUUAAUAUGCAAAUUUGGCUGUAAUGCAUUUGGGGCCAAAACAAUCAAAUCAGCUUUUUUUGGUACUGUACUCCUGUCUCCUGAGUUUAUACUGAUGUUUAGAUCUAGUGUCACAUUUUAAAUAAGCAGCUUUCUCAUUGUCUCUGGUUUGUGUAGAGAUUGUGAAUAUAAUGAUCUGCAAGUGACUCUGCCCAUCUUAAUUGACAAUAAGUCUUAAAGUUGAACAUUUGGAGUUGGCUUUUGAGUAAGCUCUUAAGUAACUCAGUUCCCAAGUAAUGAUGAGGCCGACUAUGUGUCCUUUACUGUAUCAUACAUGGUUACUUAAGACAAACCAAUACAAAAUGGGUUUACAAUUCAACUUCCCUCAUUAAAUGACAAACCAAAUCUUUGGUUUUUCAGGAAAUUUUUGUUUGAAAAAUAGUUCAACAUUACCUCUUGCAUAUUUAAUAAUGUUUCUGUAAUGCAUGUAUAUAUUUUUUUAACUGAUAUGUCAAGUAACUUAGAAUUAUACAUUUCUUAGUUGUCACUCACAAGAUCCUGUUUUAAAUUCUCCUCCAUUUAGAAAAUAUUUCAAAUUUGACACCUGUUUUAAGUGGUUUGGAGCAACUGCAGUAUGUGUGCUGGUUGGUUUGUCUUUGAUUUUGUAUGUCCUAAUGACCAUGUUAAGCAAAGCAUUUGUUAGAGGAAGACUUGUAUUGAGUUUUAUUUUGCUUGCAUCACAGAAGAAGAGUUAGUGUUCGCCUCAUGCAUAGACAUUGUUUAAAGUGUCACACACAUCAUAAGCACUGGAUAUAAGUGGUAUUUUUCAGUACUGACUAAUGUGAAAUUGCUGUUAGAUGAACAACAAUACAAAUUAAAAGACACACACGUCAUCGAUUUGGACUCGUGAGAAGAUCUCACGUUUGCCAGGUUUGAGUAAACUGUCAUAUAUCUUUUACUUUUUAAAGAAAAUCCUUUGUUGUAGCACCAGCGCUGCCUGAAGGGUCAUGAGAAAAUAAGUUGUGCCCUACAGAUGGAAACACUGGUUUCCCGUUCGCACACAUUUGUGUUAAAUAUUGUAUUUGAAAUUUGAUUGUGCGUUUUAACAUUUUAUUGUAUUUAUUAGCCAGUGUUGGCUCUAAAAGUGUCAGUACAACUUGGUGAGAUAAGACAAUCAGAAAAAUAAAGACUGAGAUUUCCUUAAAAA